AUGUAUAUAGAGUAGUUCAGUGCCAGUCGUCGUAGUAGAAAUUUUGUUCUUUUUUUUUUCUUUUUUUUUGGUCACUCUGUAGAAAACAAUAGUCGUAAAAUUCCGUCAGCUCUAAAAAUAAAAAGUAUCAAGCAAUAGAAAAAAAUUUGUAAUCGUUUAGGAAAGUAGUACUAAACUCUUUAAGCUUUAUUCAAAAACUUUUGUACGGCACUUCGUAUGUCCAUUCAGAAUCUCAAUUCACGCGAUCCAUUCGCGGAUGCCAUCAGCGGACCCGAUGAUGACAUCCAAGACGGUCUCGUUCACAUCCGUAUUCAACAACGCAACGGCCGCAAGACAUUAACCACUGUCCAAGGGCUGUCGGCUGAUUACGAUCUGAAGAAAAUUGUGCGUUCCUGCAAAAAGGAAUUCGCCUGCAACGGCACAGUCAUUGAGCAUCCUGAGUACGGUGAGGUCUUGCAACUUCAGGGCGAUCAACGCGAGAAUAUUUGCCAGUGGCUAACUAAAGCUGGCCUCGCUAAGGCGGAUCGCCUCAAGGUACAUGGCUUCUGAGGAAAAGGAGCUCCCCAUUGGAAUACAAGAAGCAAUAGCACACUAAAGUUAAUGCAAACAUAGAUUAACAACACACCAACAAUAGUAACGACCACAAUUAUUCAACAUGCGUAGUUAUUUUUCAUUCAAUAUCAGUUAAUAAAAGUUUUACAGUUCUGCAGUGCUAA